UGACGGGAAAGAAAAGGAGGGACGCCGCCUCGGACAGCGGGGCGAGAUAUACGUCUGCCAAGGCCGCGCUGGAGCUUCCCGCAGGGUUUUAGUAGUUGCUGCCAUUACUUUAUGAUCCCCCCGCCCCCGGCAUCGAGAUAGGUCUCUAGUGGUGGUUCACUUUUGGGCCCCGUGGGCUCCUCAGUGUGUUCAAAUGAACAGCGUCAUGGUUGAAUUGGCAAAAGAGCACCCACGGGUUACAUUUGUGAAAUUGGAAGCUGAAGCAGUUCCUGAUGUGUCCGAAAAAUAUGAAAUUACUUCUGUUCCAACAUUCUUGUUUUUUAAGAAUUCCCAAACGAUUGAUCGAUUAGAUGGCGCUCAUGCACCUGAAUUGACCAAGAAAGUUCAGCGCCAUGCCAAUAGCGCAUCUGUUCCAGCUGGUUCUAACGACGGUGUUAAAGAGGACCUUAAUGUGCGACUCAAGAAACUGAUCAGUGCUGCGCCGUGCAUGUUAUUUAUGAAGGGAACACCUCAGGAGCCUCGUUGUGGUUUCAGCAGACAAAUAGUGGAGAUUCUUAAUAAACAUAACAUUGCAUUUAGCAGCUUCGAUAUCUUUUCUGAUGAAGAAGUACGUCAAGGAUUGAAAGUCUAUUCCAGCUGGCCUACUUACCCACAGUUAUAUGUUGCUGGAGAACUCAUAGGUGGACUGGAUAUUGUCAAGGAGCUGGAGGCUUCUGGAGAACUGGGUACAACUUGUCCCAAGGCACACAAAUUGGAGGACAGACUCAAAGAGCUGAUAAAGAAAGCUUCAGUAAUGCUGUUUAUGAAAGGAAAUAAGCAGGUGGUGAAGUGUGGAUUCAGCAAGCAAAUUACAGAAAUCCUAAAUAAUACUGGUGUUGCUUAUGAGACAUUCGAUAUAUUGGAGGAUGAAGAGGUGCGACAAGGUUUAAAAAAGUAUUCAAACUGGCCAACCUACCCACAGUUGUAUGUGAAAGGUGAACUUGUUGGAGGGCUGGAUAUUGUUAAGGAACUGAAUGAAAAUGGAGAAUUGUUAUCUAUUUUGAAAGGAGAAAAUUAAUACAAAUGGACACAUUAAUUAAUAAAAUUCAAAUACAAAAAAGAUGCACUGGAACCAUUCAUGACUUUUCCCUGAUGGAAGGAAUAGAGUACAGAUUCUGUUUGUUUUCAUACUUCACAAGACUAUGCUAGAGGUGUAUGCAAAUAUAGAUUUUUGCCCUAAAUGUAAAGUUGUCCCCAUCUUCAAAGUGCAUUAAAGUUGGAAUGUUCGAAAAUG